AUGGCGGGAAGCCACUGGCUAAGAUGCGUGCUGGUGCUCGCCAUGGCGGUCCUAGGGGUCCAAGCCAUCGACAUCGAUAUCAGCAGCGAGGAUUCCAUCAAAAAUGCGGCGUCAAUAGCUGCGUAUGGAAUGAUGAAGCAUUACAAAGGAAAUGAGUCCGGCGAAAUCCCCGGAAAGAUCCCUAAUACCUGGUGGGAGGGCGGUGCCAUGUUCAUGACUCUCAUCCAAUACUAUCAUUACACGGGGGACUCCACCUAUAAUAGCGAAGUCAUCCAGGGUAUGCAGUGGCAGGCGGGCGAUUGCGAUUACAUGCCAGCGAACUGGAGUAGCUACAUUGGUAAUGACGAUCAAAUGUUCUGGGGGUUGGCCGCCAUGACCGGGGCCGAAUUGAACUUCCCCGACACUGGUACAUACUCGUGGCUCUCCCUGGCGCAGGGCGUCUUUAACACCCAGGUUGCCCGCUGGGACAAUACUACCUGCAACGGGGGGAUGCGAUGGCAGAUCUACACCUAUGAAUCCGGCUAUACCAUGAAAAAUGCCAUUUCCAACGGCGGUCUCUUCCAAUUGUCCGCCCGUCUGGCGCGCUACACCGGCAACAACACCUACUACGAGUGGGCGGAGCGCAUCUGGAACUGGUCCACCACGACGCCCCUGCUAAGCAACUCAACAUGGAAUGUGGCCGACUCGACAUCAACCACCAACGAUUGCAGCACCCAAGGAGACGACCAGUGGAGUUACAACUACGGUGCCUAUCUCGCAGGUGCCGCAUACAUGUACAACUAUACCAACGGCACUGGCACCAAAUGGUCCACCGCUGUCAGCGGCCUGUUGAAUCGCACGCUGGACGAUUUCUUCCCCACUAGCCACGGCGGCUAUAUUAUGGAGGAGAUUCUAUGCGAGCCGCUCGAGGUGUGCAACGACAACGAAAUCAUCUUCAAGGGGCUGGUAUCUGCCUGGCUGGCCUACACAGCGUAUCUGGUUCCGUCGACCUACGACAGCAUUCUUCCCAAGCUGCAAGGAUCCGCCAAGGGCGCUGCCGCCACUUGUACCGGCUAUGGCAACAACACCUGCGGCGUGCGAUGGUGGAACAGCACGUGGGAUGGAUGGAGUGGCCUGGAGGAGCAGAUGAGCGUGCUCAGUAUCUUCUCCGUCAACAUGCUCCCCUUCACCAACUCGUCAGCUGCCCCAUUGACUUCCAGCACGGGAGGCAAUAGCACCAGCGAUCCGUCGGCGGGGACGGAUGACAGUUCCAAGGACAAGACGACCCUGAGCACGAUCACGACGGGAGACCGCGCAGGGGCGGGCAUCGUGACGGUGGUCUUUGCUGCGGUGUGGAUAGGGAUGAUAGGCUGGCUGAUGAUGGGUUAA